AAAGCCGAAACAGAGUAAAACUACCGUAAUAUGUAUUAACUGUGGUGUUUCUUUCUGUUUGUGCCUGCAAUAAAAAGGCGUGAGAUGAAACAAUCUUGAUCAUUGUGAGUUAGUGCGAAGAACAAAGUUAUCUAUAGUGAAUUCAGUGAUCAAAUAUUUAUACAAUGAAUUAUUUGAGUCUUCUUUUGUUAUGCUGCUCGGCGGCCGUGACGAUCGGACAAAGAGUAUCGGAUACGAGCAAUGACUUUACCGGUCAAACGCGAAACGCGGGCGGUUACGGCCUUCUAAAGCCGGGCUAUCAAAACGGUUACAGCGGCUAUGGCGGCUACAACACCGGCAGCGCUGGAAGCAGUUACCCGGGUUACGGAAAUUAUCCUGGCUACGGCAGCUCGGGUUUCGGUUACGGAAAUACCGGUUUAAGUAACGGCUACGCCGGUUUCGGUUAUCCGGGUCAAAGUUAUCAGGGCGGGUUUGGCGGUAACUAUGGUGGUUACCAAGGCGGAUAUCAAGGCGGUUAUCAGGGAGGCUUCGGCGGACUUUCAGGGUACCCGGGCUAUGGAGGGUACAGACCGGGAUAUCAGAGCGGCAGUGCCGGUUACCCGGGCUACAAAUCUGGAUACAACCAAUACAGAUCCAGUUUCGACCGGUACCCCGCGACCAACGCUGGUAAUUUCUUUGGAGGCUACGGCGACGGCUACAGCGACAACUUUAGGGUGGUCGCGAGAAGUACUAACGAGAAGAAGAAGGUGGAAACUGUAGCUUAACUCAAUAGAAAUAAGAUACAUUUUUUAAGUUGUCGAUUAAGUCCUUAUAAAAACACCGUAGUUUGUGCUAAUCGAUUAAUGGUUAUUGUAUUUUAGACAAAGACUUUUACUAGUUAAAUAUGAUAAGCAAUCUAAUAAUCUAAUGAUUUAAUCAUUUUUAUUAAUUGACAUUUAUGGUUUUCGAUAUACAAUUUCGUGGAAUCACAUCUUUGGUACAUUCACGCAAGUAAAAAAACGUUGUCAAUAUUAGUAAUUGUAUAUUUAGAGCCAGUGAGAAAAUAUAUUUUCUCAUAACACAUAUAAGAUGACCCUAUAUAUUCCUAUAUUGCCUUUUCGCAUUAAAAGUGUACAAUUUCCAAAAAUAUUCGAUAUUGAGUUAAUAUGCGUAAACAUUUGGUAACACCAGGAUUUUUCUCAUAAAUACUGUCAAAAGAGCGUAGUUUAGUUUUUGUUUUUGUUUUUACUUUAUCUAUGUUUUGACUACUAUUAACAAAAUUAAUACAUAAUUUUAUCUUACUUUAAAGGACAAGUAAUGUAACUGGUAAAAAAUAAACAUAAAUGUUGCAAAUAUUUAUGAUUAUUAUUAAAAAUAUAACAUGUUUAACCUUUAAAACACUCCCCUUUAAAAUUAGUAAGUUUUGAGAUUAUACAGUUUUAAUGCGAGAAGACGAUAUGUUGCAAUAUAUCCAAUGUAGUAUUUAUGUAAUCUAUAUCUGUGUAUUUUAUUCAAAUAAACUUGAAGCUUUAAGUCAA